AUGGACGAGAAGGCGAAGAUGGAGAGCAAGCUGUCCUCGGCGGCGGCGUUCGUGGAGGGGGCGUGCAGGACGCCUGCGACGACGCCUGCAGCAUCUGCCUCGACGCCUUCUGCGACAGCAACCCCUCCACGCCAAGAGCUAUUAGAGGCUGUUGAACAAGAGAGGAACAUCCGAGCUAAUCGUUCACAUAAUACUGCUGUUUUCCACCAUCCAAUGCUGGGUGAUUUUGAGAUUCCUGUAGGUGCAGAUGAUGCAGAACUUGAAGAACGCAUUAUUCAGCACUUGGCUGCUGCAGCUGCAGUGCGUAGGUCACACCGUCAUCAUAGAAGAGAUAGUCACCAGGGAAGAUCAGGAGCAAGUAGCCACCCACAAUUCCUGGUGCUUUCAGCAGACGAGCACACAACCUCAGGUCAAGAAGGGGAUUAUGAACAAGCCCCUGCUGUAGUUUCUGGUCGCCCUUUACGUACUCUUGUUGAACAAGAACGCACUCGAGGGUUAGUGGAUGCAUCCAGUCCAUCUCUCCGCUUUUCUACUCCUGCUGAUGGUACUGGUAGAUCAAACAAAAGGAUUUCUGGGAUUCAGUCUACACCUGUGGAUCAAGAUGGAGCAGGACCGUCCGAUUUACAAUCAAUCUCUGACAAUUUGAGAUCUCGUCUGCAGUCAGCUUCAAUGAGGUACAAGGAUUCCAUAACCAAGAGUGCAAGUGGAUGGAGGGAGAGGUGGUUUUCUCGGAGUAACUCUUUAUCAGAUCUUGGUUCUGAGGUAAGGAGGGAGGUCAACGCGGGGAUUGCUGCGGUGUCUCGCAUGAUGGAACGGCAUGAUACAAGAGACGGCACGGGGCCUUCUGCCACCUCCGCGUCAGGAUCUGGUUCUCAGUGA